CAGGUGUCGUUUUAUAUUUUAUAUUUUUGCAUUUUUUCUUGACACGAGGUUUGACUGUUUUCGUUUUAUCGAAUUAAAAUCUUCUGUUUAGUUUGUGGGAAAGUUGGGGAAUAAUUGAGAAUUUUUGAAUUUGUGACAUGGUUAACCAAUUGAUGAUUAGAAGGGGCAAGAUGAUUGUGAGUAUAGGACGGGAGGUUUUAGGGGUUGAGUUUUGGGUAGCUAAGAAGCCAGCCUUUUUUGAAAUUGAGGUUUUUGGUGUUUUUUUUUUUUCUUUUCAAUUUUUGGUGAAAGUUUGGAUCUUUUCUGGAGUUCUCGAUGAGAGAAACAGCAAAUGUUAAACAAUUCAAAUUAGAUUUGAUAAAGGUUUCCAGAGUUGGGUCAUUUGGAAGUUGUGUGUGUCUUUUUAAUUUUUUGAACCUCUUGCCGGUUUUGGGAAUUCUUUUAGAGUAGGCAAAACCAACUUCCCAGUUUAUCUAAUUUGGUAUUAUAACAAUCCCAGUUCCAAACCCAAGGUGCAGAUUCUACGCUGCCAAACACAUGUUCGUUUCUGUAGAAAUCAAUGGAGGGUCAGGCGGUUAGGCAACUAGUUCCAUGUUGUCAAGGUUUAUGGUUUGUGUUGUGGAUGAUCCGCCUUGGGUGAAUUGUGACCUCGUACGAUUGUGUUGCGUUGGAAAGAAGCCAAGAAAGAUCAUACGCUCAUUCAGUGGAACACUGGAAAUAAUGAGUUUCCAGUCCCAGCUACGCAAUACAAUCCGCUUGAUGAGCCAAGUCCUUUGGGCUUGCGUCUGAGGAAAAGCCCCUCGUUGUUGGAUUUGAUACAAAUGAGGCUCUCCCAAAGUAGUCCUUCUACUGUAAGUGCAAAUCAUAAUUUGACAGAUAAGGACUUCAAGGGCACCACUGCUUCAACUAGUAACGACAAGCUAAAGGCUGCAAAUUUUGACAAGCUAAAGGCCACAAAUUUUCCAGCUUUGCUUCUAAGGAUUGGAAACUGGGAGUAUGUUUCCAAGUAUGAGGGUGAUUUGGUAGCAAAAUGCUACUUUGCCAAACAUAAAAUUGUCUGGGAAAUCCUUGACGGAGGUCUGAAGAGUAAAAUAGAGAUCCAAUGGUCAGAUAUCAAGGCUAUGAAGGCUAACUUAUGUGAUGAUGGACCUGGAACUUUGACUUUGACGCUACUUAGGCCACCCCUUUUCUUCAAGGAGACCAAUCCACAGCCUAGAAAGCACACCUUAUGGCAGGCAAUUGCAGAUUUUACUGAUGGACAAGCCAGUACACACAGGCAGCAUUUUCUGCAGUGCACAGAAGGCCUGUUAAACAAACACUAUGAGAGAUUAAUCCAGUGUGAUAAGCGUCUCAAUCUUGUUAGCCAGCAGCCUGAUUUGGUUCUUGAUUCACCAUAUUUUGACAUUCAAGCCUCUGCCAAAGGAUCUCCCACCUCCAGCUUCAAUGACGUGGAAUCAACCCCAGCAGCUCAAUCUUCCUCUAAGAUUGGACAGAAUUCUGCUGGUUUAGUGCCAGAGCAUUUGUCGCCACAAGCUCCUUCUCCUAGCUCAGUGAUGGAUUUGCAUGCAAUAGAGGGGAAUGAAAGUCGGCAAGCAAACGGUCUUCUGGCGCAACAGUCUAUGUCCAUGAGCGAUCUUGUGAAUCACAUUGGACACAAAAUUUCAGAACGAAUGGGUUCCGGAAACGCAUCUGGAUUUAAGGAAACAAUAGAAUGUCAGGAUAUGCUGGAGAACAUUGCUCAGAUCCUUCUGGGAGAUACACAGUGUCCAGCAGCAUCUGAUGAGAAGAAACUCAUGUCGAGAGUCAACUCCCUGUGCUGCCUCCUUCAGGACCCCACUGCGGGCCCCAGUAUGAAGUUUGACGCUGAAACUCAAGUUGAAGGAGUUGAUAAUGGAAUGGGGAUUCAAGGGAACCAUGUUACUGAGUCAAUAGGGGAUCUUCCCAGCUGCAACCAGGGACUGGGUAUGUCGAGGAAGGACUCGUUUGGCGAUUUUCUGCUUAAUCUACCCCGGAUAUCAUCGCUGCCAAAGUUCUUGUUCGACAUAUUGGAAGAUGGCGAAAACUAAGCUGACGGUGGUUUUUAUUACUCCCUAAGUCCCAUUUUGUCUGUCUACUUUUCAAAAUCGUACUUUUAAUCAUAUCAACAAAUAAUGUAUUUCGAGGAGAAUUUCUGAAAAUGCAGACAAAAUGUGACGGAGGAAGUAUUUAACAUUUCAAAAUGUAGAGAGAAUCGAGCUAUUGGGAUUCUGAGUCUCUUGUUUGUCACCCAGUAUAUGGACAUGGAGGAGUUUUUGGGGUUCGGAGAACAUGUUUUGAUGAAGAAUCCUGUUAAAACUGCCUGUACAAGGAUCGGUGUUCUAGAUCCUUUCUACUGAUAAGUUGUACGGAGUAUUGAUUGUUCUUAACAUUAAUGGUAGUAUUAUUAUUGUCAUCA